AAAUAUAACGAGCAUUUGACCACUAAUUUUACAUCGUCAACAAUAAUACUUGACCUCCACUUCCCCUGAGGCGACAAGGACUCGAACAGCCUCAUCACAUCAUCCUUUCACGCAAUCAAAAAUGGCAAACAUUGCACUCCGGAAGCACGUCCCGCUCAUCAAGUUUCUCGGUCCCCGCCGCUUCCUCAAACACCCAUCCACCUCACCAGCAGCACAACCACAAACAGUUGCUGCACCCCAACGCGUCGGAAAUGCGGUUAAUUAUCAGUCAAUCGAACAGCUGCCAAGGAGAUUUCAGAAGAAGACCUUUAGCCAGAAGGAGAUUGAGGCUGUUGAUGCUGGCGGUGCAGACUGGAUUUUGAGGCAUGUAUGAAAGAUUGACGAAAUGCUGUAAAUAAGGACGGGCGAGCAGAUUUUAUAUUAAACAUCAUAUGACGUAAUAUAUUCAAGCACUUGAGAGAGCA